AUGGUGAACAAAAAAAUUGAUUCUUUCUUUAAGAAAAGCGGCUCUCAAGAUAUAGAAGUUAAUGCAACUACAAAACCUUCCACUAAUAAUGUUGAAGCUUCAAUUCCUGAACAACGUCCUUGUAAAGUGCCUAGAAUAGAAUCCAAAGAAGUUUAUACAUCUUCUUUGGUAAGGGAUCCAGGACUACGACCACAAAUUUGGGAUUAUUUGAUAUCUCAAUGUGAUGAGAUUCAACGAGCUUACACCAAAUUUGGAUCAUACCAACCUAACAACCAUCCUUUUGAAGAGAAGAAUGGGCAUCGUUUUCUAGCUUCUUGGAACAAGUUAUUUCCAGAUUGGCUAGAAUAUUCUCCAACCAAACAUUGUGCUUUUUGUCUUCCUUGCUAUCUUUUUACAAAACCGAAUGGACGCACUACUUCUAGCGCUUUCAUUUCUGAUGAAUUUUCUUCAUGGAAGAAAGUCAAUAGUGAGAAGAAUUGUGCUUUCUUAACUCAUAUGGGAAAGGGUCCUAAUUCAUCGCACAAAAUUGCUGUUAAAUCUUGCCAUGAUUUAACAAAUCAAGCGCAACACAUUGAGAAGAUAGUUGAGAAACAAACUUCUCAACAAGUUGCAAAAAACCGUUUGCGGUUGAAGACUACAAUAUAUGUUGUCAAAUGGCUUACAUUUCAAGCUUGUGCAUUUAGAGGUCGUGAUGAAGGUCAUGAUUCUAAUAAUCGUGGGAAUGUUAUUGAAUUGAUAAAUAUCUUGGCAUCUUAUAAUGCGGAUGUGGCAGAUGUUGUGUUACACAAAGCUCCUCAAAAUGCUUUAUACUACUCGCAUAAAAUUCAAAAAGAGAUUCUUAGUAUUUUCUUUGACAAAAUACAAAGAUUCAUUCGUGAGGAGAUUGAUGAAGCAAAAUUUUACGUUAUAGUGGAUGAAGCUCGAGAUGAAUCAAAGAGGGAGCAAAUGGCCAUUGUUCUAAGAUUUGUUGAUAAAGAUGGUUUUAUAAAGGAGCAUUUUUUUGACAUAGUUCAUGUAUCGGAUACAACAUCAGCAACUCUGAAAGAAGAAAUAUGUAUUGUCCUAUCUCGUCAUAAUCUCAGUGUACAAAAUAUUCGUGGUCAAGGGUAUGAUGGUGCUAGUAAUAUGCGUGGUGAGUGGACUGGGUUGCAGGCCUUGUUUCUUCAUGACUGUCAUUUUGCGUAUUAUGUUCAUUGCUUUGCUCAUCGACUCCAAUUAGCAUUGGUAGCGACAACAAGAGAGGUUAUACCCGUUGCUCAAUUUUUUUCUUAUCUAGCUUUCAUAGUUAAUCUAUGUGGCUCUUCUUGUAAAAGGCAUGACCAGUUGAAAGUUGCUCAAGCUAAAGAAAUUGCAGCAAAACUUGCCAUUGAUGAAGUCGAAACUGGUAAAGGCAAAAAUCAAGUUGGGACAUUGAAACGGGCUGGAGAUACUCGAUGGGGUUCUCAUUUGGGAUCUAUUUCCUGUUUGAUAAAUAUGUUUGGUGCAACUUGUUCAGUCUUAAGUAAUGUCAUCAAUGAUGGAGCCACCUCUACUCAACAUGCAGAUGCAGAUGGAGUUUAUGAUAAGAUUACAUCUUUUGAGUCUGUGUGUUAUCUUACAUCUUAUGAGAGAUAUUAUGGGGAUUACUAA